AGAGACAAAGAGGAAAAGAGGAGAGCGAGGUAGAAAACGGAUCCUGCUUAUGCCUACUCCAUCUCUCUUUCAGCACCAAGGACAGAACCUCUGAGCGGCUGACCCAAGCAAUGCUCAGUUUAGGGUCCCUCCCAAAUCCUCUACAGAAAACGGAUACAUUCGAAAGCAGCUAUGAAACAUGCACUAAGGUCUAAUAGGGAAGCUGGAAAAGCAGCACUCAAGUAAUUUCACCUUAGAGGCAAAAAUGGGUGAUUUCUUUCUGUUCAUUUCAUAGUUCUGAGUCCUGAGAAAGGCAAAGUUUGCUUUGCUUGGGUAUGUCUGCUGUCAGUAAAUGGCUGCAGGAGCCGAAGUGGUAAACUCCUCGGUCUCCAGAAAUCAGAAGAAAAUUUUAGGGAAGCCCCUUGGCAUCACGCACCUCCCUCUGGGCUAUGGCACCUCUGAGCCAGCUGAGUGGCCACCUGAACUACACCUGUGGGGCGGAGAACUCAACAGGUGCCAGCCAGGCCCGCCCACAUGCCUACUAUGCCCUCUCCUACUGUGCGCUCAUCCUGGCCAUCGUCUUCGGCAAUGGCCUGGUGUGCAUGGCUGUACUGAAGGAGCGGGCCCUGCAGACUACCACCAACUACUUAGUAGUGAGCCUGGCUGUGGCAGACUUGCUGGUGGCCACCUUGGUGAUGCCCUGGGUGGUAUACCUGGAGGUGACAGGUGGAGUCUGGAAUUUCAGCCGCGUUUGCUGCGAUGUUUUUGUCACCCUGGAUGUCAUGAUGUGUACAGCCAGCAUCCUUAACCUCUGUGCCAUCAGCAUAGACAGGUACACCGCAGUGGUCAUGCCCGUUCACUACCAGCAUGGCACGGGACAGAGCUCCUGUCGGCGCGUGGCCCUCAUGAUCACGGCCGUCUGGGUACUGGCCUUUGCUGUGUCCUGCCCUCUUCUGUUUGGCUUUAAUACCACAGGGGACCCCACUGUCUGCUCCAUCUCCAACCCUGAUUUUGUCAUCUACUCUUCAGUGGUGUCCUUCUACCUGCCCUUUGGAGUGACCGUCCUUGUCUAUGCCAGAAUCUAUGUGGUGUUGAAACAAAGGAGACGGAGAAGGAUCCUCACUCGACAGAACAGUCAGUGCAACAGUGUCAGGCCUGGCUUCCCCCAACAAACCCUCUCUCCUGACCGGGCACAUCUGGAGCUGAAGCGUUACUACAGCAUCUGCCAAGACACUGCCUUGGGUGGACCAGGCUUCCAAGAAAGAGGAGGAGAGUUGAAAAGAGAGGAGAAGACUUGGAAUUCCCUGAUGCCACUUCGGGAGAAGAAGGCAACCCAGAUGGUGGCCAUUGUGCUUGGGGCCUUCAUUGUCUGCUGGCUGCCCUUCUUCUUGACCCAUGUUCUCAAUACCCACUGCCAGACAUGCCACGUGUCCCCAGAGCUUUACAGUGCCACAACAUGGCUGGGCUACGUGAAUAGCGCCCUCAACCCCGUGAUCUAUACCACCUUCAAUAUCGAGUUCCGGAAAGCGUUCCUCAAGAUCCUGUCUUGCUGAGGGAGCAGAAGAGAGAACACUCUUUGUACCCAUUUCUAGAUGCCAGGCUGUUGGCCCACUCAGAAAGACUGUGCAGCGUCCUCCGGCAAGCAGUAGCAAGAAGAUUCCUGGAGCCAGGAUGUCCCUGCUUGUCAGGUAUAACCAAAUGUGUCCUCCAAAACAGAAUAUUCUACCUCCCCAGCUAAAAUCUGACUUCAUUCUGACAAUCUUCAAAUGACUGGGGAGCUCCUGAGUGAUAAGCAAUAAUUCAGAAAGAAGCUGGUAAAACAUGACUCACACAAAAUUGUCAUCGGAGGCAUGAUUCAUUACACUGAAGGAAAAAUGAACAGAUCUCAUCAUUCUCAACUUGCAGGGGUCCUUGAAAUCAGCCAGUAAACCACCUUCUAGAACAGCCAGCCUGUCUUCCUUCAAACCUCUAAUUAACUGUCAGGCUAACCUUGUACUUUCAUGGGCCCAUUCCUCUUGGUCAUUUCUUUCCUUCACUGUAUCUGGAAAUAUGAAUGGCAAGGCCAGUGCUUCUACCUCUCUGUAGAAUCUGAUGGGCUAAUUUGGUAAGGUGAAUUUCUCACACCAAGAGAAACACUGUCCCACAUUGGGACGGGGGCUUCAUUUCAAACUUUGCUACCCUUGUAUUUUAGCUUUAGCUAAGAAGGCGUUUUGAUUCGAUUCCUUUACUCUCUAGAGGAAAUCUCAGAGUCUCAACUUCCAGAAUCAUUCAACAUGGGGAUAUUUUCUGAAGAUGGAAUGACACAUCCCAUUGUAGUUUCACUGUUGAAACUUAUGGUUCAGAACAUGCCUUAGAUAUGCUUUUCAUUACACUACCAAAUUUUCCUACCCAGGCCAUCUCCAUUUCUGCUUAACAGGGACCCAAUAUAGUGGACCACAUCAUGACAUUUUGGGCAACAGUGGACCACACAUACAACGGUGGUCUCAUAAGAUAAUAAUGGAGCUGAAGAAUUUCUAUCACUUAAUGAUGUCAUAGCUGUUGCAACAUCAUAGCUCAACGCAUUAUUUACAUGUUUGUGGUGAUGCUGGUGUAAACAAAAUGAUGCUGCCAGUCGUGUAAAAGUAUAAAAUUGUGUAUAGUACAUAAUAAUAUUGAUAAUAAAUGACUAUGUUACUGGUUUAUGUA